CGAUAGUCGGGGGAAAUUCGUUGUUUUCUUGAAUGCCCUGGAAUCCUGGAGUUUAAAGUUAGGGGAAACGACUGAAUCUACAUGUAUUGCGUUUUCCACACGUUUGUGACAUCUUGUUACGUGUGUUAUGUGUUGCUCCUAAAAGGUAAGGAAAUCAGCAUUUAAGUUGCUUUUUUUGAGACAGAUAUCAAGGUGGCACAGGUGCCAGCAUCCAUCCUUACAGAAGAAUAAUAAACUGUGGGACCUGGGUCUCUACACAUCCACACAGCUCUCAGCUCAGACAUGUCCAUGCAAGGUCCCGGAGUGCUGCCCUCGGCAGCUGCUACGUCAGUGAGCUCCUCCAUGGAACCAUCCCAGCAGUCCAAGAGGGAGGAUUGGAGGAAAGCCAAGGAGUUAGAAGAGGCUAGAAAAGCUGGAACAGCCCCUGCGCUCACUGACGAAGAGGGAAAAGACAUCAACCCCCAUAUUCCCCAGUACAUUUCUACUGUGCCUUGGUACGUUGGGUACGGCCAGCCCACUCUCAAGCACCAGAGACCUCAAGCAGAGAAACAGAAGCAGUACUCUGACAUUGCCUCAUGGUACAAAAAGGGAGUACGUGAGGGUUCCAUUUCAACCAAGUUCCGUAAAGGCGCCUGCGAAAACUGUGGAGCGAUGACGCACAAGAAGAAAGACUGCGUUGAGAGACCCCGUAAGGUUGGAGCUAAGUUCACAGGAGACAACUUUGCACCGGAUGAACACUUGCAGCCCAAGCUGGAUUUUGAUUACGAUGGAAAGCGAGACAGAUGGAAUGGUUACAACCCUGAAGAAUAUGAAGCUGUGUUAGAUGAAUAUGCCAAAAUUGAAGAGGCUAAGAAACAGCUGAAGGGUAAACAGCUUCAAGACCUAGCAUCAGGAGAACUGUCCACUGAGAAACUGGAAAGAGAUAGUGACAACAGUGACGCAGAUGAAGACAAGUACGCUGAUGACGUUGACAUGCCGGGUACCAACUUUGACAGCAAAAGGCGUAUCACAGUACGUAACCUGAGAAUCAGGGAAGACACUGCCAAGUAUCUGUACAACCUCGAUCCCAACUCAGCAUACUAUGAUCCCAAGACCCGCUCCAUGAGAGAAAACCCUUUCAAAGACCGGAGUGCCGAAGAUUCCAAAAUUGCAGGUGAUAAUUUUGUCCGAGCAACAGGAGACACAAAAGAGAUGGCCAAGGCACAGUUAUUUGCUUGGGAGGCAUCUGAUAAAGGAACAGAUGUCCAUCUUCAGGCAGAACCUACCAAGUUGGAGUUGUUGCACAAGGAAUUCAAAGUCAAGAAAGACGACUUCAAGCAAAACCAGAAAGGCAGCAUCUUGGAGAGGUAUGGAGGAGCUGAACAUCUGGAAGCCCCACCACGUGAGCUCUUGCUGGCCCAGACAGAAAACUAUGUGGAGUACUCCAGGCAUGGCAAUGUCAUCAAAGGUCAAGAGAAGGCAAAGGUCAAAUCCAAAUACGAAGAGGACAUCUUGACCAAUAAUCACACGACUGUGUGGGGGUCUUACUGGAAGGAUUUUCGGUGGGGCUACGCCUGCUGCCAUUCUACAGUUAGGGGGUCUUAUUGCACUGGCCACGCUGGACGGCAAGCUGCGAACACGGAAAUGGCAAUACCUGAGCAGGAACCCACAGAAAUUGAUGAGGAGGAACCCAAGUCCCUGCUGGAGCAACACAAAGACCGGUUGGAGAAAGAGCAGAAAAGGAAGGAAAGGAAGAAAAACAAGAAAAAGAAGAAGAAAACGAGACAUCAUCAGAGCAGCAGCGAUGACAGCAACAGCGAUAGUGAAGAGGACGAAGCAGCAAGUAAACAGAAGAAGCUCCUUGAGGCACUGCAGAAGGAGGAGAAGAACCAGAGGGAAGCGGAGCGGAUUCUGGCCAUGGACGAACGCAAGAGGCCGUACAACUCCCUGCGGGGCAUGGAUACCAGGGAACCCACAGAAGAAGAGAUGGAGGCAUUUCGCAUGAAGAGGAAACGUUUUGAAGACCCCAUGGCUCACUUUUAAUUGGGCCUCCGUACAAGAAUGACGAGCUUGAAGUGCUGCCCGAAAUGAUACUCCCACGCCCUGCAAAGAAAAACCCGAAGAAUGUCGUAACCAUAUGCUGCCAGGGAGCCGAGUUUCAGGCACAUGGGCUUUGUACAUGAAACCGGGAAGCCCAAAACUGGACAAAAGAGCUGGGCUUUGUAAGAAAAGACCAUACUCGGAACAAAAGACCGAGCUGCUGGGAAUUAGCAAACAUUUUUUUCAGUUGUCAAAAGCGGAGGAAAUCUGUCCUUAUUUUGAGAGAUUAUAUUACUGUUUGUGGGGUUCAAAGCGAGCGGAUUACCACCAGGGACAAAAGCGCUCCAGUGAUGAGUGAUACAAUACUGCUGCACGCUAAUCUGGCCCC